AGAUUAUAUACUCCAUAUUAGAUUUGAUAGUACUAAAAAAAUAUUCUAAAGAACAGGUAAGAAGAAGGCAGGGCAGAGAGCACAAUUUUAUGGUUAUUUUUCCGAGGAAGAAAAAAGAAAGAGUAGAGAGGAAGAUAUGCAGCUCUAUGCUCUCAAGUAACGACCACUAUGAUCGCUGGAGCGAGCUCCUGGAGAUUCAAAAUCUUUUGAAUGGAUUUGCUUUAGAAACCAUAUGUAGAUGCUCAAUUCAGCUCCGACUGCGUCGGAUUCAAUUCAUUUCUGCAGAUUUUAGGGUUCAUCCAAGCGUAGAUGGCCACCACUGCUCCAACAAUCCCCUCUUGGAUUCCCGAAGACGAUCUCUUGUUGAAGAACUCCGUCGAGGCAGGUGCUUCUUUGGAAGCACUUGCUAAAGGUGCAGUGCAAUUUUCUCGCAGAUUUACAUUAAAAGAACUGCAGGAAAGGUGGAACUCACUUCUGUAUGAUCCAGACAUUUCAGAGCAAGCUUCUGCUCGCAUUGUAGAGCUUGAACUUUCUGGUUUUAGCCCCUCAAUAAAGUUUAAUAAAUCCGAAACCAUAAAAGAGAGCACGGAGGUCCCUCGAAAGAGAAAAAACAAGAGCAUACACAAACACUAUUAUGCCCUGCAAAAGAAAAUUCGAAAUGAUUUUUUCAAUUCCACUGAUCUAUGUUUUCUGGAGGGACCCACUUUACAUGAUUUCAAUGGACACGGGGUUGAUUUUCAGCAGCAUGCACAUGAGAAUGUGUCUCAUGACAGAAGUGUCCUGGGGAAUUGUAUUUCAGAUAAUUUAAGGUUCCAGGAAGCGGAACUGGAUAUUCUGCGUAAUGCUUUCCCGGAAGCAUUGGGUGAGAUUGCUGCCACGUCUUCUAUCGCUUAUCCGACUGGAUGCACAAAUACAGCCGGUGAUAGCCAAGUAACUGAAGUUUUGAGGAAUACUGGAUUUUCUGAAGGUUUCUCAGCUUCCUUACAAGGGAGGGCUUCUUGUAUUCACUCAAGUAUUAAACACUGUGAAGGGCCUCAUGUGGCCAAAGAUAAUUCCCUUAACUAUAGAAAAUGCCCAGUUGGUGAGGGUUGCUGUCUACCAUCAACUACUGCAGAUGGUGAGUUUACAGAUCUCCCUGAUUCACUUUUGAAUCUUCCGAACGAUGAUGAGGUUCUCGUGGAGGAUGAGGAUGUGAGGAGCAUAUUGGACAAGUCAUCUGAUAAAAAUGGUAUUCUCAUGAAUUCUUCUGAUUGUAUUCCGAAAGGUGGGGCAUAUACUCAUGAAGCGGAGUCAUUAAUUGAUUCCAAAACAUUGCCUUUACCUCCAGAUGGUACAGACUCUAUUGACUCAGAGAUUGUUGCUUCUUCUACAUGUGGCCAGGAAGAUCCUUGUUGUCCAAAGCUUAGUGAGCCAUCUAACUUAACAUCAAACACAGAGUCAAAUAAACUAACUGAUGGUAGCAUUUGCUGCACGUUAAACACUGAGGACACUGAAAUCCCUUGUAAUGAUGAUAUAUUCUUACUUAUCCACCCAUCCACGUCAUUUGGCUCUGCAGUGAUAGAACCUAGGAGCACACACUUUAUAGACACAGUAUCUCCUGCUAUUCAGAAGGAUGCUAAAGGAGUGAAUUCCUUGACAAAAGGGAAAGGUUAUAUACCAUCUCUUUCAUGGUCUCACAAGAUUGGACAAGGCAUCUUAGGAGAAGCACAUGCUCAACAUAGAGUGCUUUCCUCUGCCGUGAAAUCCAAGCUGCCUGAAACUAACCGUCUCUCUUUGCUCUCUGGGGAGGCAAACAAGGCAUUCUCUGACUCAAGCCAAGACAUAUCCUUGCAAGGAAUUGUUGACGCCCCCACUGAUAGAUUGCAAGAGCAGGGUGCUGCUAUAGCUGGACUGGUGGGAGAUGCAUCAGACAUACAUCCGAGUAUGCCACGAUUUGCUGAAUCAGGUUCUGGCAUAGCUAAUGUAGAAUCUUCAUUCAACCCUUCAUCAUCAGACCAGGAAGAACCAACAAGUGAUGAUGAUGUACCUUAUUUUUCUGACAUCGAAGCCAUGAUACUUGACAUGGACUUAGACCCACCUGAUCAGGAUUCAUAUGCUGCAACUCACUUAAUAAGGUAUCACCCUGAAGAAAGCAAAAGGACAAUAAUAAGGUUGGAGCAGUGUGCUCGUUCUUCUAUGCAUAGAGCAAUGAUGUCACAAGGUGCUUUUGCCAUCUUAUAUGGCCGCCAUCUUAGGUCUUUCAUUAAGAAAAGAGAGGUGAUACUUGGAAGAUCCACAGAUGGCAUUGAUGUUGAUAUUGAUUUGCGAAAAGAAGGCAAUGCAAACAAAAUAUCUCGACGUCAAGCAAUUAUUAAGAUGGAGCCAGAUGGAUCUUUCUUUUUGAGGAAUAUUGGAAAGAAUUCAAUUACAGUGAACGGGAAAACAGUUGAUAAUGGCAGAAUGCACUUUCUAAGCUCUAGUUGUCUGAUUGAGAUCAAAGGAAUGGGCUUUGUGUUUGAGGUGAACAAGAAGUAUGUGCGGCAGCACGUGGACCCACACAAGGACAAAGCAAAUCUUAGCAAAUUCGAUUGGUCACCUGAUGGGUAGGGCUGAAUUCAGAAGAAAACCAUUUUAAGGUAGCAUCUUUUUUUAUAUUUAUUUUCAACUAAUCUCCCCUCCCACCCCCCGCGGAUGACUUUUAUAUCCUUCGCCGGGAUUAAACGCCUGUUUGCCCCCACAGCAGGGUGUGUACAUAUAUACACUAAUGAAUUGGUAGCAUGAAUGUUUAAAUUAGAAAUUAGAUCUAUUCAUCUGAAAACCACCACAGCAGAAGCCUUGUAGCCCUCCCCCCUCAUUUUAUUUUAUUUUGUUGGUUUAUUCUUGGUUUGGUUAGUGAGAGUGUGAGAGGAUUAUGGUCAGAAAAGGAGAUUGAAGAUCCUUUUAUAUAAUGUAACAUAAAUUUGUAGUAUAUCU